UUUGAUACAGACAGUGUCGUCUCCGUCCCACAGAAGUAAGUCAGAACUAUUUUGAAAUCCAAAAUUCGAAAAUAGAUCCUGCCUACUGCUGUCUGCUGCCUAGUUGUGUAUUUUGUGUUUGAUAAUCGUUACUAGAUCGUUAUAAAUUUCUUUGUUGCCUACGAAAGUCUCAAGUUUCUAAAAUGCCAAGAGGAAAAUGGACUAACCACAAAGGAAGGAGUCGCAGGUUUACGAAUCCCGAAGAACUAGAAGAACAGAGGAAACGCGAAGAACAGGAAAGAAGGUGGAAGAAAAAUAACAGAGGCGAUGACGAAUCAUCGAGCGAGGAAGAAGAAAAACCAGCGACUAAAGGAGACAAGAGCAAUAGUGAGGACGAAUCAGAAAGUGAAAGCGAAUCAGAAGAAGAAUCCGACGAUAAUAAAAAAGGCGUUGCUGGCCUGAUUCAAAUUGAGAAUCCAAAUAGGAGACAGUUAAAAGCAAAGAAAUUAGCUACACUUAAUGAAACCUUAGACACAGCAGAACCAGCCCAAUUAUCUAGACGUGAAAGAGAAGAAAUUGAAAGACAGCGAAAAAAACUACAUUAUCAAAAAUUGCAAGCUGAAGGUAAAACAGAUGAAGCAAGAGCUGAUUUAGCUAGAUUAGCUAUCAUUAAACAACAACGUGCAGAAGCAGCAAAAAAGAGAGAAGAUGAGAAAAAAGAAAAAGAGAUGGCUAAGAUUCAAAAAUCAGCCGAGACACAAAAAGCACUCGGAAAAUAAAGAAAUUUAUGUUAUGGACUGAUAUGUAAUGUAAGAAUUAAAAUUACUAUUAUGUUAGGCAGCCAUUUUCAAUAUGCUACUAUAACAUAUGCUUUCAGUUAUAAAAGUUAUCAUGAUUUACAGGUAGCAAUCUAAUAUAUAAACCUAAAAAUAUUGUUUACAUUGUUUUAAAGUUUUCCUUCUUUUUUGUAAUAACAAAAACUCAGUUUAAAUAAAAUUCACUUCAAUAACUUUAGUCAUAUCCACCAAUAAUACAAUUUUAAAAAAUUAC